GGAGACAAAGAUGGAGGUUUCCAGUUAAAAGCGUGUUUUUGUUUACGAUGUGAAACACAUUACAGAAGGCUAUCUUCAUGGUGGUAGCUGUUUAUGUGUAAUUAGUUAUUCCUACUCAUGUUAAUUGUUCAUGUGUCAUGCAAUCAGUGGCCGUGUAUGGAAGGCUUGUCGCCAGAGCGAUAGUUGCAGGAAUCCACAGUAACGGCGAGUUUCAGUUGAAAUCUCCAAGACCAAAGGAACCAGUUCAUUUUGUAACGGGAUCUUCAGGAUUCUCUAAAUUUGUAACAAAGACUUCACCUCUUAAAAAAUGGACUUUCGGUGAUGAUGCUUACUUCAUUGCUAGAAAUAAAACAUCAGAUGUCAUAGGUAUAGCAGAUGGUGUAGGUGGUUGGAGGAACUAUGGUGUCGAUCCCUCUGCCUUUCCUCGUACCCUCAUGGCCACAUGUGAGAGAAUGGUUCACGAGGGUCGCUUCCGUCCCCAAGCCCCUGCCAGUGUUAUUGAAGACAGCUAUCAGGAAUUAAUGCAACAAAAAAUGCCUCUAAUUGGUAGCAGUACAGCUUGCAUUGUUUCUUUACAUCGUGAGGAAAGAACCAUCUAUACAGCUAAUUUGGGUGAUAGUGGCUACUUAUUGAUACGAGACAAUCAAGUAGUCCAUCGCUCCCAAGAACAACAGCAUUACUUCAACACUCCAUACCAACUAUCUGUAGUACCACCUAGUCAAGAAGGACUUGUUCUUAGUGAUAGUCCUGAUAUGGCUGAGAGUAAUUCCCAUGCUGUAGAAGAAGGAGAUAUAAUAUUAUUAGGUACUGAUGGUUUAUUUGAUAAUAUGACAGAUAUGAUGUUAGUAGAAUAUGUUUCUAAAUUAAAGGAUUUAAAUAUACCUAAAGAAGAAGCUAUACAAACUACAGCUAGUAGUAUAGCUCAGAAAGCCUAUCAAUUAUCAUUUGAUCCAGAUUAUCUGUCUCCAUUUGCAAUAUCAGCUAUAGAUGCUGGUAUAGAAUUAACAGGUGGAAAACCAGAUGAUAUUACAGUGGUGGUCGCCAGGGUAACAAAUUUACCCGAUACCUAGCAACUGUAAUAUGAUGUAAUGUGUUAUGUAUGAUAGAAUAGUUACAUAGAGUGUGUGCCUAGAUAGUUUGAGUGGUUUAUGAGUUAUGAUAGAUGGUUACUAUAGUAACAUUAAUUUUUGUUGACCAAUGGCAUUCCAUGUUACAAAGAAUACGGGAGGUUCAGAAUUGUACAAAUUAAUUGGUCAUAUAGAUCUGAUUGUUAUAUAUUAAUGUUACAAAACUCAUUUUUCAUCAAAAAUUGUACAUAUAAGUUUUAUAAAACAUAAGUGAUUAUUACUUGAGAUGAUGUUUUGUCUUUUAUAUGAUCCUUAAUUUAUUUUUAAUAAAUGAAACUGCAAAAAUAGUGCUUUCAUCAAUUUAUGAUUUUUUUAAUAAGUGCAGUAUUGACAAGGCUAAUUACCAGGGGGAAAAAAACCCAUUUGUAAUUGCUACCUAAAACUACCUUUGCCCAGUUAACAUAUUUGUUAAUUUUUAAUCAAUAGCUUUAUUUAUACAUUUUGUGUGGAAUUUAAAAGUUGAUUGUUGUCUUUAUUUAGCUCACUAAAUUACUAAUUAAGGUAUAAUUUGAAUAUACUUGGUUGGUAAGGCUUAAAUGUCUUAAAUGGAGAUAAAGUCAUGCACCAAGUAUGUGUCUUUUUCAAUUGAAACUAUCGGGACAUUUGGUUCCUUAGUGGAAGUUCUCUGCUCCUAGAGCUGUACUCUAUAGGCUAAUAUUAUCAUCCGAAAGACUUAAAAUUACACAGUGUUUAUGUUCACGAGGCGAAGAAGCAUGUUCAUUUUCACCAUUGGUCCACUUGAAAAAUCUAGAGGCUAAAGUUAUCAAUCCAUAAAUGAGUUUUGAUAUUAAUGCAUGUGUUAAUAGUUUGUAUUUAGUGUAGCAGUUUCUUACUUCCAUUUAUUUCUUGUUUUAUAAUAUAAACUGUACAAUUGUUCAGACUUUUAUGGGUUUUAUAAAAUUUGUCCUGGACAUCCAUAGGGUUAUCAUUCACGGUCUUCAGAUUCUGGAGUUCUAAAACUGUGACAUGUACAUCAAAUUAUACAUAUUAAUAUGAGUAGAACCAGUAUUCCUAAUUAAUACAGCAUACAAUUUCUGGUGAUAAAAUAUGAUACUAUAAAGCAUCAAAGUCUAAACAAGGUAUUACAUGUAUUUAAAGUUAUAUUUUUGUAUCUUGAGAACACAGAUACCACACUAUUUUACAUUCAAUGAUCUCACAAUCAUAUUUUAAAUUCUAUUUAUUGGGUUUCACAUUUCAUUUCAAAUAAAAUUCAUAUAUAAAUUGGCUUUUGAUUUAUUUUAAGAACUGUAUCAAAAUGUUUUCUUUUAUUAGUUUGCUUUUAAUGAUUUUAUGUUUUGUAAGUCUUAAAUUACUGUUAAUAAGCUUCAUCACUGCCCUGUAUCUAUGAAUUUAGAAAAGCGACUCAGAAAUUAAUCUGUGAGUGUCAACUGCCUCAAGAGACAGAAUUCAUUAUUUAUGAAGAUUAUAACGUGAUUGAAUAAAAUCACUUUUAUCACCUUAUGUAGGAGUUGUAUUUCAAAAUUACCAUAGUAUAUGAGUUGUAUUGCAAUACAAUAAAUUGUGAAUCCUAUCACAGUAAACAGAUUCUGAAUUAGCCUUAUGAAGAGUAUACACUGUACACUUGGGUAGGAUUCGAUCUGAUUAUAACACAGAUCCUAUUUUGUUCCGUUUUUUAUAGUUCAAAAUUUCGUUUUACUACACUAGGAUCUGGAAGAGGUGUUAUAUAAUCCACGUUCUGGAUGAUGCGAGGGAUUAGCUAAUGAAAUGGUCUGUUACGGCAAAUUUUUGGUGCAAGGAGCACAGAACCGUGACCCACUAGAAACAUCAACGCUGAUUGGUUAAUAUGUCUAACAUAGGAUCAAAAGCGACUUGUAUAACCUGACACGACCUCCCACUACAACCAGUCAGAUCUCCAUGUAGUGUAGGCCAUUGAAAGUAUAAAAAAAAAAACGAAACAAAAUAUAGAUCUGUAUUUUAAUCAGAUUGGGUAAGAUUUAGAGUUUUGGCUGGUACAACUAGACUGUUUUAUUAAUGAGACACAUUCUAAUAAUUAAUACUUAUUAUAGUGCUUUUUAAGAACCAAGUUAAAUAUAUCGAUUAUAACAUAUGUAAUCAAGUUAUAAUAUUCUUACCACAAGCAUAUUGUUAUUCUUUACAUAUGUAUAAAACAGUUGUGUUAGAUGACUAAGUGAGAGUAAUUAAUGUUUUUAAAAAAACUUUACCUAUGAAGAUAUACCUGUAUAAUAUUGAAAAUAUGCAGUCUGAAAAGUAAUGCAAAUACAAUUUCUAUUUAAAACAAUACAAGAGCACCAUUAUUUUUAUACGCCCACAUUGAAAUGUGGUCGUAUAUUGUCGUCGCCCCCGUCCGUCCGUCUAGAGGCUCAAGUUAAUAUCCGAUUGACUUCAAAUUUAUACACAGUGUUUAAGGUCAUGAGACGAAGAAGCCUAUUGAUUUGCAGCAAUUUCCGAUAAUUACUGCCAGAGUUAUGGCCCUUGAUCGCUUCAAAAAAUCUUGUGGACGCUCUAGAGGUCAGAGUUAAUAUCCGAUUGACUUUUAAUUGAUACAGAGUGUUUGAGGUCAUGAGACGAAGAAUCAUAUUGAUUUUCAACAAUUUCCGAUAAUAACUGCCAAAGUUAUGGCCCUUGAUCACUUUUAAAAACAUUGUGACCCUCUAGAAGCUAAAGUUAUCAUCCGAUUGACUUCAGAUUCAUACACAGAGUUUAAGGUCUUGAGACAAACAAGUAUAUUGAUUUGCAAUGAAUUUUUAUGACUUGAACAGCUAAAUCCAUGAUGUUAAAAGUUUCCUAUACUAAACGUUAGCAUGGGGCAAAACUUUAUAAAAACCAAACCAAUUCUAAUGGUUUUCUGAUAAUUACUUAAUGAGUUGUUACUCUUAAUCAGAUUUUAAUGUAUUAUAAAUGUUUCAUUACCGAAAAAGUAAAAAUAUGUGACAAUUCUUGUUGACUGCCCGGACGAUUUAGCUGCUGUGGGCGUAUGUUUCGUUGCCUGGCAACCUAUCUUUUUACAUUUCAUGGCUACUACAUUAUGGUAAUUCAGGGACAAGGUCGUGACUGGUGUAAUUGAAUGCAGGUCGAAAGUUGAAUGAGAAGUUGAUCCCCUGUAGAUUUGUUAUUUAUUGUUGACAUGAAUGUAUUUUAUUACUGAUUAAUAACAACUCUGAGCCUUGAAAACUAUAGUGUAAUGUCACAAAGCAAUUUUCUACUUGAUUGUAAAACUAAAUUUAGUAGGGAUGCCAUAGUUGUGAAAAAACCCGGGGCACAAUGAAUGGCUACAAGACUCUGUAGUACCGGUAAUUAUAAGAGACAUUGUAACAGGGCACAAAUAGAGUGGGGGCCUAAACUCGUCUUUCAAUAUAUUGGAUAUGUGAGCAUAUAUCCUGUGGUAGCUGCAAAGAUUGCUUAUGAAAUAUUAUUGAUAUAAAUAAUUCUGCAUGAUAUAUAAUACAUAUAAUUAAUUUACAUCAUAUCAUUCAUUUUAUUCAGUGAGUGCUGUGUGAUAAGUUGGAAGAAAGAUUUAAAUUAUAAAUAUUUUUAUUGAUUUGCUCAAUGAGUAAUAUUAUUAAACCUUAUUUAUGAUGGAGAUAUAUUUAUACAAAUUUAUCAGUAUUAAUGUAUCCCCAUAAUAUUGAGUAAAUAAAACUAAAGGAUACAAAUAUUAUCAGCUGGAAUUUUGCAAAAACUGUCACAUGUUUUUACACAGUUUCACAAAGGAGAUGAGUACAAUUGCUGUAGGAUGAGUUUGGUCUUGAGUAACCAGCACAUCCAUAUAAAGAACAAGCCAAAUAUUUAUUAUAAUUUAUGUAGGUGAUAAAGAUUGUUUUAAGUUGAAGAAUCAUCCGUCAUUUCCCGAUCAUCUUUAACAAGGGAUUUAUAAUAGAGUGAUUAUUAUCAGAUUAUGAGGUUGGUUUUUUUUGUGUCCUUGGGUUGUUACUGUACAUUUAAAUAGAAAUAUUCAAUUAACAUAAUGUACAAAAGAAGAAACUUAAAUAAAUCUGAUUUUGAUACUGUCAAAAAUAAUAUUGUUUCUUACCCAGGGUUUCCUGUAAUAAAGACUGAUUGCCUAAUA